UGUCGUCUGCUUUCAAAGAACAGUUUGUUGUUUGUCAUUGUUGCUGGUGAUAAGUCGUGAACUUUGUUUCUUGAGGUUUUAGAAUAUUUCUAAACAAUUUCUAACAUUAUGAAUAUUAAUUUAGUCAAUUUCCUACUUGAAUUGUUCGCUGGAAUUGGGUUUCUGCUGUCAGUUUACGCCUACAAUGUUGAAGUAAAGCUUGAAGAAGACACAAAUUAUGUCGCCAUGUGUGAUUUCAGUGAGCACAUGAGUUGUACUAAGGCUUUCAGUUCUGAGUAUGGUAAGGGAUUCGGACUCACAAGACUAAUAUUUGGAGAAGAUUCAGCUCUAAAUCUACCAAACGGAGCUCUUGGUUGA